GACCUGACCUGACACAAUGCCGCCACUAGACGUCGACGGACUGAUAUAGGGGCCGGCCUUUAACUGCAGCUGUUUCGGACAAGCAAGGGAAAGGGAGUAGCAGUUCAUCUCCGUCCGUCCCUCCACUGCACUUUUCUUCUCGAUCACUAUCCAUGGACGAUGGCAUGAAGCAGUUCGAAGCAGCAGCAUGGAAAAGCCAAGGUCUUCUUCCUCCUGCUGGUGCUGCUAGUCCCUGCUUCGUCGGCUUCUCCUUGGUCACCGCCGCCGCCGCCUGCCUCUUUCUCCUAGCCGCUUCGUCGGCGACAUACCGCUUCUGCGUCGCCAUCGUCUCCCUACUGCUCAAACUCAAAGCGAAAAAUCGUCAGGACAGCAGCAAUAAUGCACAACCGCCGGCGCCACCGGGGAGGGGGAGCGGCUGGUGGUGGUGCGCUGUGGAGACGCUGGCCUUCGUCGCCGCCAACGGCAGCGGCAGGGGCUUCUACCACUUCGUCGGAGAGCGCCACCGCCGGCACGGCCCGCCCUGCUUCCGCACCGCGCUGUUCGGCGCCACCCACGUCUUCGUCUCCUCGCCCGCCGCCGCCCGCUCGCUCCUCGCCGCCGAGCCCGCCGGCUUCUCCAAGCGCUACGUGCGCACCGUCGCCGACCUCCUCGGCGAGCACAGCCUCCUCUGCGCCGACCAUGCCGCGCACCGCUCCCUGCGCCGCGCCGUCGCGCCCCUCUUCAACGCCCGGGCCACCGCCUCCUUCACCGCCGCCUUCGACGCCCUCACCCGCGGCCUCAUGCGGGACUGGCUGGCGCUGGCCACCUGCCGCUCCCCGUCCUCCUCCUCUGUCGUCGUGCUCGACGCCGCGCUCGGGAUAACCUUCGAGGCGAUCUGUGACAUGCUCGUGGCCACGCUGCCGCGCGACGCCAAGAGGCGGCUGCAACGCGACGUGCUGGCCGUGACGCGGGCCAUGCUGGCGUUUCCGCUCAGGCUGCCGGGCACGAGGUUCCACGCGGGCCUCCGGGCGCGGGAGAGGAUCAUGGAGGUGCUGAGGCGGGAGAUCGCCUCCAGACGGCAGCGUGGUCACGGGGGCGGCGGCGGCGACGACAUGGACUUCCUGCAGAGCCUUCUCCUCAGGAGCCAGCAGCAGCAGUCGGAGAACGACGACGAGGCGCUCCUCACCGACGAGCAGAUCCUCGACAACAUCUUGACGCUCAUCAUCGCUGGCCAGGUAACCACAGCAACUGCAAUUACAUGGAUGGUCAAGUAUCUUGCCGACAGCAGAGACUUCCAAGAAACCUUAAGGUCGGUUCAGCUGGAGCUGGCACCCAAGCAGCACCAGGAUUGCCCCCUUACGCUUCAACAUCUCAGCAGCAUGGAGCUUGCAUACAAGACGGUGAAAGAAUCGCUGAGGAUGGCCAGCAUAGUUUCCUGGUUUCCAAGGGUAGCACUCGAGGACUGCGAGGUUGCAGGGUUUCAGAUCAACAAGGGCUGGAUUGUGAACAUUGAUGCGAGGUCCCUGCACUACGAUCCGACGAUUUACGACAACCCGACCACGUUUGAUCCUUCAAGAUUCAACGGGGAGGAUGUGAAGCAGCCGUACAGCUUCCUGGUGUUCGGAGCAGGCGGGAGAACCUGCUUGGGAAUGAACCUCGCCAAGAUCAUGAUGCUCAUCUUCCUGCACCGGCUUGUUACAACCUUCAGGUUCAAAACAUAUGGGAGAUGGCAGACGAUGACACAAGCCUUGAGAAGUGGGCAAUGUUUCCUAGGCUCAGGAACGGAUGCCCCAUUCACCUUACACCAACAUGAUGAACCAUGCAUAGAUCAGAUCGGAUCGGAUGAUAACUUGGGGGCAGGAAUUAAUCUCCCGUAGGGCUUUAUUUCCUAUGGCCUAGUCAUUAGAUCAUCAGAUAGAGUGUGUUGUAAGUUGUAACCGCGCUGAUGGGAUAAACGAAGAAAGUCGAGCACAACCAACUCAGCAACUCUGCAUGGGAAAGAAUCGAUGCUUAUGUAACUACAUAAUCCUAAAUACUCCCCUCAAUAAUGCAAAGAAUGCUUUAUUUUUUGACCUGGUCUUAAAGUUAAGACUCUGGCCAUCAUUUUGUCACAUGUAUCGUUCAUAUCAAA